AUGGUUCGUGUUAUAAUAAAAGGUGGUGUUUGGCGAAACACUGAGGAUGAAAUCCUCAAAGCAGCUAUUAUGAAAUAUGGAAAGAAUCAGUGGAGUCGUAUUGCAUCACUUCUUCACAGAAAGUCAGCAAAACAGUGCAAGGCGCGAUGGUAUGAAUGGUUGGAUCCAGGGAUCAAGAAAACAGAGUGGUCACGUGAUGAAGAUGAAAAACUUCUGCAUCUUGCGAAGCUUAUGCCAACUCAGUGGCGUACAAUCGCACCAAUAGUUGGUAGAACAGCGGCUCAAUGUUUAGAACGUUAUGAACACCUUUUAGAUGAAGCGCAAAAGAAGGCCGAGAAUCUCGAUGACAGUGAGGAUCUCGGUGACGCUCGAAAAUUGAAGCCUGGAGAGAUUGAUCCAACUCCUGAGACAAAGCCAGCACGUCCAGACCCUGUAGAUAUGGAUGAAGACGAGCUUGAAAUGUUGUCUGAGGCUCGCGCAAGGCUUGCAAACACCCAGGGCAAAAAGGCAAAACGCAAAGCUCGUGAGAAGCAACUUUCUGAAGCUCGGCGAUUGGCUUCUCUACAGAAACGUCGUGAGCUUCGAGCUGCCGGUAUUGCGUGGGGAAGUCACAAGUUUCAGAGACGGAAUCCACUGCACAUAGAUUAUAAUGCCGAGAUUCCUUUUGAAAAGCCUGUGCCGCCUGGGUUUUACGAUCCAAGCGAAGAUAAAUUUGAGAAAAAUACGACGUUUAAAAAGGUAACUCGGGCGGAGUUGGAAGGACCUAGAAGAGAUGAUGUUGAAAACGAAGGGAGAAAAAGAGACAAGGAGUUACUGAAAAAGCGCAGAUCGGAGGAAACACCGGAAUCCAUAUUUUCUAAAAAAACUGAGAAGAAACGGUCAAAACUUGUUCUUCCAGCUCCACAAAUUUCUGAGAAAGAAAUGGAAGAAAUUAUAAAAAUUGGACAAGCAACUGAAUCAGUUAAAGAAAUGAGCGAUGAAAAUCCUACCAGCAUGCUUCUUCAUGACUAUCAAAACGUUGCUGCAAAUAGCGUCCGUACUGCGCGAACUCCAAUGAUUCAUGCUGACGUCAUACAAAAGGAAGCAGAAAACCUUCUAGCGUUGCACAAUGUUCCUACACCUUUGAAAGGGGGCAUUAAUACACCAUUGCACGAUUUCAACAUGCAGUCAGCACUUCCUCAACAACUAGUAGCUCAGACACCUAAUACCGUGAUAGGAGGCAUUGCUGCCACUCCGCGCUCGACUUUAGCUGAUGAAUUUACAGGAAGUGUAAGAAGCAGCGAACCGGGUACACCUGCGACACCGUUCAGAGACCAGUUAAAUAUCAAUACUGCACAAUCAGCUUUGGAUAACAGGAAACAGUUACGGGAUGCGCUUAGCCAGUUGCCAGCUCCACGGAAUGAUUAUGAAAUAGUUGCCCCAGAAGAAGAUUUCAGUGAACUUCCUGAUGAAAUGCAGACGUCUGAGUGGGUUGAAGAUGCUAGUGAAGUUGAUGCUCGUACGGCGGAAGAACGUGAAAGAGCGCGUUUGUUGCAAUUUAAGAAGGAGUCACAUGCGAGGCAACGUAAUUUACCUAUCCCAACGGCAGUCAAUGAGUUAUCCUUCAGAACGACUGGAGGCAAAACUGAUUUCAACAAGUUCUUUCAACUUAGUAAUUGUUUGAAUUAUCAGGCUGAUGACCUUGUCAAGUUAGAGAUGUCCAAGAUGUUGGCCCAUGAUGUUAAUAAUGAGCCAGUUGAGGAUUUCAGUUUAGAGGAACUUGAAGAUGCUGCGAAACUAAUCGAAAAUGAAUUGAGGCCUGAGGAACGUGUUAAACUUGAUACGAAUUUGUGGAGUGUUAUUGAGCAAUGUUCAUCAGAACUGAUCUUGUCGCAGAACAAGUUCACUAGGCUUGGGGUCUUGCCAAAAAAAGAUCAAAUUGAGGCGCUGUCAGCAAGAUUUAAUAUCUUACGUGACUGGAUGACCACGAGGGCAAAGAAAACUGCAAAAAUUGAGAAGCGUUUAAAAAUUAAGCUUGCCGGUUAUCAAAACAUAGCUCAGAACCUCAAAAAAGCUAUUAAUGAAGUACGCACGGAAAUUGAUGCUUGUGUAAGGGAGAAAAAUACUUUUACGUUACUAGAGCAACGCGAAGCUGUAUCCAUUAAUAAAAGGCUAUCAAAACUUACUGAAGAAGUUGAGCAGCAGGAGAAACGUGAAGGAGAGCUGCAAGGUUUAUAUGGAAAAUUGUUGCAAGAUAAGUGGGAAAUUGAUCAGGUUUUUGUCAGAGAAAGUGCAACGAUUGCUGCGCAGCCCGUUACUUACUGA